GAAGAGCCCCGUCAGGCUCUAUUGUUGGCGCGCGGGGCGCUUGCCGAGGCUUCGAGCUGCCAACGGCGAUUCAUCAACUCACUUAGAAAGCCCCUAACUUCGCCUGCUGAGGAGAAAGUCCGGCACCUCUUUGAAUUUGUGGGAGGGCUUCUCGUGUUUUUGUUUGGAUUUCUUUUGUGCGUCUCUCUUCCGAAGCCGUUGUGAAAGAACUUUGACACAACUGUGGAGGCGGCUCUUUUUUGGUCAUGUCUCGACGAAGCCAACGCAUUGGUGGGACUCUUCGUAGUUAUCAAAGUGAGGAUACUGGCAGCAGUAGGAUCGGUGGAGGAAGUUCUCUACUAAGUGAACCUCAGCCCCUGUUUAUAGAAAAUUCAAACAGUCGAACCCUGAGAAGGAAACCAAGCAGUGUGAAACGUCUCUCCCCUACACCUAGCCUAGGGAUCAGUUCUGCUCCCCAUACUACCUCCUACUACAGUGAGUCUGUCAUUAAUGAGUCUUACCUAACUGAUGACAGAGGAUUUUCUCUUAAAAGUAAUGCAGUCUUUGAUGAGCCAUUGGAAAGCAGUUCUUAUUGGAGUGAGGAUCUUUCACGGAGAAGAGGUACAGGGGGCAUCGAAUCCAAUAAGAAAAUCAAUGGAUUAGGAGACAGGAGGACAUAUGACACUUACGGUUCUUCAUCUGGUUAUUCCUCUGAGGAUGACUACACAGGUGGUUCUUCCAUGGACCAGAAUACAUCCAAUUUUGGGUUCAAGAGUAUCUUCUCCAAAGUAGGGUCCUUUACUUGGCUGGUGCUUUUAGCCCCAGGACGGCUGUUUGGUUUGUUAUACUGGUGGAUGGGAACCAUGUGGUAUCGUCUAACAACUACAGCCUCUCUCUUGGAUGUCUUCAUUUUAACACGGAGCUAUCCAGUGUUGAAGAAGAUGUUGUUGUUUAUCCUUCUGCUUUUGCUCCUGAGCUGUGUUGGUUAUGGUGCCUGGUAUUUUUAUCCCUUUGGGCUUCAACCUUCUAUGUUUUCUUGGGGAACAGUGAAAUUAUUUCCCUCUGGUACCAAGAAGGGCCAAGAAAUGGGAGAGACUGCUGUAUUUUCUGAGGCCCAGCAACAGGCUUUGUCUCGGCUCCAGGCACUGGAAAGACGUUUUGAGACCCUGGAAGCUGCAGCUUCUAUGCUAGAAUUCCAGAAAAGAAAGAACACAGAAGGUGCCACCCUGUCACAUGAGGAUAUCCUGGUGCUUCUGGAUAAGAUGAUGACUCAGCAAGAGGCGGCCAUGAGAGAGAAGCUUGGCUCAGACAUAGAUCUUCAUCUCCAGAAUAAGUUGGAUGCUUUCCGAUCUCAGGUGCAGAACGAUUUUGACAAUCUCCUGAAAAAAGUCUCUCAGACUUCUGAGGAGGUGGAGACCCAGACACUUGAGAAGACAGCUCAGUGGCAAAGCUCCAUAAAAGAAGGCCUAAUGAAUACUUUCCGAAAGGAAAUGGACAAACUGGAGGAACAUUUAUCAAGUCUGAAAAAGGAACUUGUGACUUUAGGUUCUCAUCAGAAGGCAUUGUCAAGACAAGUGGAAUCUCUUCCAGGGCAGAUCAAGGAAAUGCGAGAAGAUGUGGAAAUUCAGUUUCCGACAUGGUUUAGCCAAUUCCUGUCCAAAACUGGAAAACCUUUUGUCCAGCAUGAAGAAUUACAGGAGCAGCUACGCAAAUUGGAGCACAAGAUCCUUGCCAAGAUCUUGAAGGACCAAGAAUUGUCUGUGCAGGAUGUUGGGGUCACCCUUCAUAAAGAAGGAAUUACAGGAGUGACUGAGGAGCAAGUUCACCAUAUUGUGAAUGAUGCCCUGAAGCGCUACAGUGAAGAUCGCAUUGGAAUGGUUGAUUAUGCACUUGAAUCUGGAGGGGCCAGUGUAAUCAGCACCCGGUGUUCAGAAACCUAUGAGACCAAGACUGCACUUCUUAGCCUUUUUGGCAUUCCAUUGUGGUAUCACUCCCAGUCUCCAAGAGUAAUUCUACAGCCAGAUGUCAAUCCUGGAAACUGCUGGGCCUUCCAAGGCUCCCAAGGUUUUGCUGUCAUUCGUCUUUCAAGCAGGAUCCAUCCCACUGCUGUGACACUAGAACAUAUCUCCAAGUCGCUUUCCCCCAGUGGAACCAUUCCCAGCGCCCCCAAGGACAUCACAGUUUUUGGCUUAGAGGAAGAAGGGCAUCAAGAGGGCGUCCUCCUUGGGAAGUUCACAUACAAUCAAGAUGGGGAUCCUAUCCAAACAUUUCAUUUUCAGGAUAUAGACAGGCAGGCAGCCUUCCAGCUGGUGGAGCUAAGAGUUCUCAGCAACUGGGGCCAUCCAGAAUAUACCUGCAUUUAUCGUUUCCGUGUGCAUGGGGAGCUGGUCUCAUAAUGUCUUCUUGCACUACUAGCUCAAAAGUCACCUACCUCAAGAUCUGCACUUCAGACUGCGAAAGGCAGUUGGGAAACAAUGUCAGGAAGGCAAGCAACUUGGAAUGGACAAUAUAUCUUUUUUGCUAUGUUGCACAGAGAUGGGAUGUAAGCUGAACUCUCUCUAAUCAGUCAGCUCUCUCCUGGAAACAACACGCUUCUGAGUGCAGAGGAAGAAAGAGGCCUUUUGGAUUUGAUAUUUGAUAUUUAGUUGUUCUUCAAGCAGAUUUUUAAACAUACUUAAUCCAGUUCAUAUUUACCCCGUCCUUUAUAUUUCUCCAAACCUGAUUUCUGGUUGUUCCUCUGAAGCUCGAUUUUCUGGGGACUGAAGGCAUAUUUAAACAAGCUAAGCAAUGCAGGAAAAAACUUGGCAGUGACAUAAGGUUUGAUUUGAGGUAAGGAUAUAAAGCCUUUGCCAGAUUCUGGAUCCUGUUUAGACCCUUAUUAGUGUCCUUCACAAAAGCCUCAAUCUCUUCACAGAAAGGUGCCUUUUACCUUUACCUACUCUGAAUGGCUCUGGGGGAUACAGAAAGUGCUAGAAACUGUGCAGUUGAAUUUUUUUUAAAAAGUGGCGUCAUAAUAUUGGCCACCUUUAUUUCAUCAUAUUGUGUGGAGGCAGGUAGGGGAAUGUUUUCAUGAAAUCUGUCACAAAUGAGGAUUGUUGACUUAGGGCCAUUCCUCUUCCUGUGUCGACAGAAUUCUGAUUAUUUUGAUAACCUAUCCAUAACCGAUUGAGAUUGAAUUCCAUGGGAAGCAACAAUACCCAGGUUAAAAGCUGCAGAGAAAAACCAGAGAUUGUUUAUUCGGGAACUGUGAUGUGUUUAAAAAUGGAAAGCUGCAGUUUUGAAGAAUGGAAAAAAGUGUUUUUCUAUGGGAAAAAUAGUGUAAAGAUAAAUUAGUGUUAUUUGUAUGGGUUAAAUAUUGACACAUAUUUCCCAAUGUGCAGUAUUUUAUUUCUUAGAAAAUGAGAUGUUGUCAGGCCUUCACGCUGGCCUAGAAUCAAAUACACCAGUUCCUAAUAAGAGGGAGGUGGUAGCUAAUGCUGAUGGCAAAGUAUCCAGCAUGUUCAGAGAUGAAAUAUUUCUGAAUACUGUUUUCUUGACUAUCCCAUAUAUUUUACAACAGUCAGUAUUAGAAUAUCGGCUCAUAUUGUUUCAUAUUGAACUCUAGCUUUUAAUCUGCUUGCAGACGACAAGUUGCUUAUUGUAGUUCACCAAGUUAAAAGAAUCUUGGGUUGAUUUCAACUCCUGAUGAUAAUAUAGAUAUAUCAGAAGCUGCUGUAAUUCAGACUGUAUAUGUUGGAAAGGGAUGGAAUGCUGUUUUUAAGCUUGCGUAAUAUAUAUAUAUAUAUAUUUAUCUCAUAAGCCAUUAAGAGUAGCAGGAACUUGAACUCCUAAUGUACCACAACCUUAUAUUUCUAAGCUAAUUGAAUUUUCAGAUGUUUAUUUGAAUAGUUUCUUGAGACAAAGUGCAACUAACUGUAUAUAAUUUGCUAAAUUAGUCCCAUGUAUCAGCUGAGAAAAUAAUAAAGAAAAAAAGCAGCCCUCCUUUAGUAAAAAAACAAAUCCAGCAAAGAAUAAAACAGCAAGCCAAGGAAAACGUUACUAUCUCCCUGUUAUGUCAUUGUUAACUGACGAAACAAUUUUACAGGUAGAGAGAUUGAAAAAAUUGUGUUCUUUUUCUUUGCUCUAAAGUGUUAUUACACUCGCAUUUUUCUUUUUGCCCAAUGAAUGAAAUCUGUCUUUGAACAGAUAUAGCUUUCUGGAUUGUUGCCUAAGUAAUUCCUCCUUCCAUUUUUGAGAAGUAAAUAGCCAUACAUGGCAAAAGAGCAUAGAAACUUUGGUGGGCCUCAAAAGACCCAAUUUUUCAGACUGAAACAAAUGCUUCCUACUUUAGAAAAUUUGAUCUGGGGGGAGCCAUAGAGCCUUGUCCAGCAUUUCUAAUUUGGGUCCCUCCAAAUGUGUUGGUCAUCCUACAGGUCUGUAGUGUGGUCAUUAAUAGUUGACAUUGACUUGAUGAGCCUGAAUCAAUGCAUCAGAUAAAUUGGGAUUACUAGAACAGAGAUCAGAUGGGGAAAAAUUGAUCUAGCAUUUGGAACACACUAGUCAACAUGAAUAUUAUCUCUGUUCUUGACUGCAAUUAUUAUUAUUAACUAUUUAAAUGAAGCCACAUAACAUUUAGGUAGAAAACCAUGUUGACAACUGGAAAGAGUGUAGAGAUAUCUGGUAGCAGGAGGGUAUAGUGAUCUACACCAGAGUAAUGUAAAUAUCCUGGGUUCAUUCUUUGAUAUAUGUGGUUAAAGUUAGUAAAACCUUAGUUCUGCAAAUGAUUGUUGCUAGCACUGUCCAGAGGAGCUGCAGAGUUCCCUUGUAGCAGAAAGAAAAACCCCAUAGUCCAGUCAACUGGUUCCUUUUUUCCCUAAGGAUAGGUGACAGUGGAGUAGGCUGGGUGUGGCUAUUCCCUCUGCUUUGGGGCUUUGUUUUAAAAGCAUUUUCUCAAUUGUAAAUAUAAACUUAGUGGAUGUGCACAAGUUUACUGCUGUACUUUGGUAGCUACAAGGGCAGGGUAGUAUCCGUUACUCAUUCCAUGCACAUACUGAGAGAAGCGGUAUGGGGACAAAGGACAAGGUUUCUUGCAACUAGAACUGGUGCAUGCAUAUAACAGUAUUAUAGAAGAAAUAGUAUUAUUUGGGCCUUGCCUCACUACUUUGGUAUGAAGAUGUGACUGCUGUGACAUAACAUAGCACGUUAAAUGCUUGACAUUUUGUUAACAUUAAUGGGCUCUAUAAACUUCGUUAACACCUGCACCAAACAAAGAUCUAGCUAGUAUUUGUGAUGUUGGUACAGACCUCUCUGGUAGUAUUUGUCUUUCCUUGUGUGUAACUGUAAAAAUGACAGAUGGGUACUAUCAGUCCAUUCGCUA